CAUGGUGGAUUCUCUUAAAAGCACAAAAGAAAAGAGUAUUUCCAGUCAUUGUGAAUGUCCUACUGUUGAACAGCUGGAGGAAAUCCUACAUGGAGGUCAGUUAUCUUGUAAUCAUGUUGAUGAAGUGUGGCCCAGUCUGUUUCUGGGAGACAUGUACAUGUCUCAUGACAGAUAUGGACUUUGGAGACUUGGUAUUACUCAUGUUCUAAAUGCUGCUCAUGGGAAAAUGUGUUGUAAAGGUAGUGAUGAUUUCUAUGGUACCACAGUGCAAUACUACGGUGUAGCAGCUAAUGACCUACCUACAUUUGAUAUUUCACCUUUCUUCUACCCUUCUGCACAGUAUAUUCAUCAGGCUCUCAGCACUCCUGGAGCCAAAGUCUUCGUGCACUGUGCUGUUGGUGUAAGCCGUUCUGCUGCCCUGGUCUUGGCUUAUUUAAUGAUCUAUCACAACUACACAUUAGUGAAUGCUAUCCUGAAAGUUAAAGAAAAGAGGUGGAUUUUUCCAAAUCGAGGAUUUCUCAAGCAUCUUAUAAAUCUGGAUUCUAAACUAAAGAGCAGAUCUCAAAGUGACUGUCCUGUGCAGGGAGAAAUCUAGCCAAUGAUGUACUGUAUUAGUAUGUGUAAACAGAGACUAUGCUAGGAUGCUUGAACAGGCAAACGGCAUCAAGUGACUAUUAUCUUUUUGCCAAAAUUUAGAAUGUCACUCUAAUUAAUCAGCAUUGGAAUGAACUGGAACACUGACUACACCCCAGAACUCCUCACCUUCUCCUACUGCCUGUACUCAUUAAUGCCCUUGUUGCUUAAUGAGAAGAUCCUCAUAGCCAUGCUCCAAAAUCCAGUGGAAUGUGUUCCUAAAAGAUUGGAGGUAAUUAUAACAGCAAAUGGGGAACUAGACC